GGGGCCGACGAUAGGGGAGCGGAGCGAGGCCAUGGAACGAGGUCCAACAUAGAUGAGUUCUGCGACUGGAGCUGGACAUCGCCCAACGGGAAGUGAAUGAGUGGAGUGAGGAUCAUCUCAGAUAAUGAGGGAAGAGAAGAUCAAAUGACAGGCGAAUUCAGAGCGACUUAGUGAUAGCUCGAUCAUAGACAAUGCUUCCCUCUCAUGUAGCGCUACGUUUCGCUCCUUCAUCUCGUGCGGGCGGAGGGUGGAUAUUCCCGACGAGCUGGCCGCAAGACAAAUAUUCCCCUCUCUCAACUGUCAAAUCGAGCAACCGUACAACAUGCAUACAUUGCACUAUGCAAGCCAUGACCAUACGAGUGUCCGCCAAAUGUGCAUCGGCUACCAAUUCAAGCUACCUGAAUAGCUGUCAGCUUGUGGGUCUGCCGAAAUGUCAUCUCUCAACGCCCAUUCCCAUUUGGCGCCCGCUCGACCUCAAAUCCCUCAGUGUAACUAUGAACUAAUAAACCAUCUCGGCUCAACGAUACCAGUCCCAUCCACCGCCGACUUCAAGACGAAGCCAUUGGACAAUG